AUGCUUCUCACGUCCCUGCCUAACGAAAUCCUCCAGACCAUCGCCGCAAAUCUUGAAACUGAAAACGAAAUCAAUCGAUUCAUCCUCACCAGCGUGGAGUUAUACUCCCACUUGAACGACUGGUUCUACCGCCGCAAUAUCCGGCAAGGGGGAUGGGCUCUCUUCGACGCAGCCUACAAUGGCCGAGAAGAAACCGCAAAGCGACUUCUCAGACUUGGAGCUGACGCAAAUUCCAAAGGCAGCCACCAUUCCUACGCGGCUGUGAGAACGGUUUUGGGAGUUGCCACAUGGAGUGAACAUUACGAGAUUGUCAAGUUGCUUCUCACGUAUGCAGCCGAUCCCAAUGACCGAGAUUCUAGUGGUCGAACGCCCAUAUUCUACGCGGCGGAGAAUGGGAAUGUCUCGAUAGUAGAGCUUUUGCUCAAGUGGGGAGCCGAUGUCAAUAUCUAUGAUUUCAGUCACCCUCCCGAGACUCCCCUGGACAGGGCUUUGACAGCGGAAGAUAGCCAGGGCGUCGUGGCGCUUUUACUGGAUGGGAAUGUGAAUGCGGGUACCGUGGAGGCCUCGGCUCUUUGCAUACCGGAUUCUCCAUGGUCUCAAUCAUCUGCAUCGUCUUUUGGGGAUUGA